AGAGCAGAAUCCAUUGACAAGAAGAUUUCCCGAUUGGAUGCUGAGCUAGUGAAGUAUAAGGAUCAAAUAAAAAAGAUGAGAGAGGGUCCUGCAAAGAAUAUGGUCAAGCAGAAAGCCUUGCGGGUUUUAAAGCAAAAGCGGAUGUAUGAGCAACAGCGGGACAACCUCGCCCAACAGUCCUUUAACAUGGAACAAGCCAAUUACACCAUCCAGUCACUGAAGGAUACCAAAACUACGGUUGACGCUAUGAAACUGGGAGUAAAGGAAAUGAAGAAGGCAUACAAGGAAGUGAAAAUUGACCAGAUUGAGGAUUUACAAGACCAGCUAGAGGAUAUGAUGGAAGAUGCAAAUGAAAUUCAAGAAGCACUAAGUCGUAGCUACGGCACCCCAGAAUUAGAUGAAGAUGACCUGGAAGCAGAGUUGGAUGCACUGGGUGAUGAGCUUCUGGCUGAUGAAGAUAGUUCUUACUUGGAUGAAGCAGCAUCUGCACCUGCAAUUCCAGAGGGUGUUCCCACUGACACAAAAAACAAGGAUGGAGUCCUGGUGGAUGAAUUUGGAUUGCCACAGAUACCUGCUUCAUAGACUUUCAUCAUUCAAGUACACAUGUAAAAUAAACACAUAUUGUGGGACUAGGAAAUAUAUCCAGAUUUUCCAUAACAGAUUUAAGUUCCUUUCCCUUCUUUGAAGGAAAGGUUAAUUACACUGCUCUUUUAUUUUUUUUCCGUUAAGAAAUUCAUUGCUUGGGGAAGCUUUCUUAUACUAAAAUUUGAUUCUUUUUCUCUUAUGAAAGAUUAACUUAAAAGUAUCUUUGGCU